AUGAAUUCCGAAGACUUUACGCUGGACGAGAUCCAUUCUCGCAGAUCUACAAAUGAAGCCACCGAGAUCGAGCAACCCGCCCUUCCCCCAGCAGAUGGCGGCAGAGCUGCAUGGCUGAUGCUGGCUUCAUGUUGUCUGAUUCAGUUGCCCGUUUGGGGCUUCUCCACUGUGUUUGGUAUCUUCCAAGAAUACUAUACAACGCAUGACGUCCUACAAGGAAGCAAAGGCGACCUGGCGACCGUUGGGACUUCUUCCACUGGCAUCCUGUAUCUGCUUUCGCCUGUUACCUUUACGAUUCUGACGCGGUACCCUCGCUUGCAAUACUACAGUGCGCCUACAGGCUUGAUCAUUACAGUGAUAGGAUCUCUGCUAUCCUCAUUCUCCGUGCAAGUAUGGCAUCUUAUUGCUACCCAGGGUGUCAUGUGUGCUCUUGGAAAUGCGCUCUUGUUUAGCCCGUCGUCCUUGUACCUUGACCAGUGGUUUUUACACCGAAAGGGCCUUGCACUUGGGACUAUGUGGGCUGCGAAAAGUGUCACUGGCGUUGCUCUGCCGUUUGCUGCCAGUUUUAUCACUACUCUCAUGGCACUACCAUAUAUGAAACCUCGAAUCCCAAUCUCGGCUUCGGCUUCAGCACGUCGCUUGGAUUUGAGUUUCCUGAAGCAAUCCAGUUUCUGGAUGCUGGAAGCGGGAAAUAUCAUCCAAAGCUUUGGCUAUUUCCUGCCAACAACGUACCUUCCUUCGUAUUCAACGGGAACGGUAGGGCUAUCCCAGACAACUGGUACACUGUUGCUCUCGCUCGUCAAUGUAACCUCCAUAUUCGGCGGUAUCGCUAUUGGAAUCCUAUGUGAUCGCUUCUCUGUCACCAACGUCAUGUUUAUAUCCUCAGUUGGCUCGGCAUUGUCGGUAUUUUUGUUCUGGGGCCUGGCGUCGUCUGGCUCUGAAUCCUCAGAGACGGCCAUUACCCUUCUUAUUAUAUUCUCCAUGACAUAUGGAUUCUUUGCCGGUGGCUUUAGCUCGACCUGGUCGGGCGUUAUCACUCAAAUCAAACGUGAUACAUCGCCAUCACUAGAGACCGGUCUUGUGUUUGGUCUUCUGGCUGGAGGACGAGGCAUUGGAAAUGUCAUCAGUGGGCCACUGAGUACGGUGUUGAUUCGCUCCGGUUCUUUAAGUGAUUCGAGUGGCUCCAGCGGCUACGAUUCUCAGUAUGGAACUUUGAUACUGUUUACAGGCAUCACAGCUUUCCUGGGGGCAUGGAGUUGGAUGUGGCGAUACAUCAGUCCUGCAGUACGGUGUCUGGCUUGA